AUUCAUGAGACUCUCGGCGGUAGCGCGGCGCUAGCUGCCUCGCAACAGCGAGUUUAGCGAAGCAAUGGCGGCGGCCGAGCUCCGGUGGUCCGUCGUCGUUAAAUGUCAAACGCCAGCGAAAGUCACGGAGUAGCGAAUCGUCGGUGACAUCUCGCGGUCGCAGAGAUGGCCGCGAAGGAGCCAGCAGACGCGAUCGACGACGGCAUCGCCGAGUCGGGGAUCGAGCCCGGCGCCUCCACGGAGACGAUGCUCGUCACCACCGACAGUUUCGACGAGUAUGAGCAGGAGAUGAGCAGUAGCAUCGAUGACAGGCAGAUGAAAGAGAGCACCACCAGCACCAUUUCGGAGAUCCAGGAGGACACGCAGACGACACCCACCACCGUCAGCCCGCGGGAAUCCGAGAAAACCCUGUCCCUCGACGACUCGGAAAUGGAUGAUGUGACGCACCGUCUGAGUCAGAGCAGUCUAGAUGGAGAUCCGUUGCACUGCAAGACGUGGUUAGCACAGAGGAAGCACAUCUUCAUUCUGAGUCAAGCUGGGAAGCCGAUAUACUCCAGAUACAGUUCGGAAGACAAGCUAGUCACCCUUAUGGGGGUCAUGCAGGCUUUAGUGUCGUUUGUUCAAGAUGGCAGUGAUAUGAUCAGGUCGGUGCAUGCGGGCAACACAAACUUCGUCUUUGUCGUUAAGGGGCCAUUGAUCUUAGUGGCGGUAUCCAAAACCUUGGAGAGUGUACCUCAGCUUACUUUACAGUUAACAUAUGUAUAUAAUCAGAUAGUCUCUGUAUUGACACAGUCUCAGCUGAACAGAGUGUACGAUCAGAGAAGAAACUUUGAUCUACGGAGAUUAUUAACUGGUAGCGAAAGACUGAUAGAUCAUUUAUUAAACUUUAUGGAUAGGGAGCCGGCCUUCUUUCUAGGGGCCAUUAAAUGUUUACCCCUACUACCCUCGAUGAGAAGUUCGAUUACGCAGACUAUCAUUCAAACGUGUGCUAAAAUCAAGAAUUUAGUGUUUGCGAUACUUCUAGCCAACAAUCAGCUAGUGACGCUAGUUAGGAUGAACAAAUUUUUCCUACAUCCAAUGGAUCUGCAUAUAAUACAAAAUCUGGUAGACAGCUCCGAGUCGCUGAAAACGGCCGAGAGCUGGACGCCGAUAUGUCUACCAAAAUUCGAUCCGAACGGAUACAUGCACGGUCACGUUUCGUAUCUGGCGGAAGAUUGCCAGGCGUGUUUGUUAUUACUCACUGUCGACAGGGACGUAUUUUUCGUGCUCUCGGAAGCGAAACAAAAAAUUGUGGAGAAACUGCGGCGGACGAAUUGCUUGGAGGCGAUAAACGAGUCCAUGAACAAACCGACGAUUACAACCGUUGACAUCGGGCUACCCGAGAUGCGGCACGUGUUGUACAAAUGCAAGAGCACCGCGCAGUUUUGGAGCCCCGGGCUGCAGGCUCCUUACACCACGGACGAGGAAGUAGAACGACUGUUGGGUCUUUAUCAAUGUUUACAUCAUAGAUUGCACUCUCCUAGUCGGCCGUUGAAGCUUAUAUUUCAGCAACUAGACAAGGAAACGAUGUUGGCAUGGGUGGCUUCUGGCUUUGAAUUGUACGUAACAUUCGAGCCUCUGGUGACGAAGCCGGACGCUAUUGAGGCAGUCAGCAAGCUGUUAAAGUGGAUCAAGAAGGAGGAAGAGAGGCUGUUCAUCUUGAAUUCGCCCACGUUUUGAACAAUGUCGGACGUCACUUUUGCGAGUAUAGAAGUAAUUCACAUUACUGACUUGAGUAAUGUGUAAGAGAAGGGUUAGAAGGGUUUAUCGAAAGACCAAACGUGACUUGAGAACGUUUGAGAUUUAUUACAAACGGGAUUCCAAAGCAAAGCGUUUUCGCGAUAGUUUUCAAGUGCAAGAAUAUAAUAAUUAUUCGUCCAUUGUUGAUAACAAUGCCGUUCACUAUUUUUUUAUUUAAUAGAGCUGUUGUAAUAUAACGCAAGUUUAUAAAAAUGUACAUAUACUUGAAUAUCUUACGCGAACGCGCUUCUGAUGUAAUAUUAUACACUAUAAUUUUCAUACCGAAAUCAUCUCCUGCCGUACAUGUCACUCACUGAACACUAAAUACAUUCAGACAAUGCUGAAAAGAAGAAA